GAGACUCUCCUGUCACUGGAUACUACUACUCGCAGCCCUCCUCAAAGCAGCCGGAGCAACCCCCCGGUCUUUAAUUUACAAGUAGCAAUUUGACUUGCUCUGCUGCAUGUCAGGUGGGACCGUGGAAAGUGUGGAGACGCCCCGGGGAUUAAGCGAUAGCAGCUUAAAAAGAAAAAAAGCCAAACAAAUAAACAAAACCCACCCACCCUAACAAACAUGAGGCUACUGGAGAGAAUGAGGAAAGAAUGGUUCAUGAUUGGAAUAGUAUUGGCGAUCGCCGGAGCAAAGCUGGAGCCGUCCAUAGGGGUGAAUGGGGGACCACUGAUGCCAGAAAUAACUGUCUCCUACAUUGCUGUCGCAACAAUAUUCUUUAACAGUGGAUUAUCAUUAAAUACGGAGGAGCUGACAAGUGCUUUGGUGCAUAUAAAACUACAUCUUUUUAUUCAGAUCUUUACACUUGCAUUCUUCCCAGCAGCAAUAUGGCUUCUUCUUCAGCUUUUGUCAAUCACACCCAUCAAUGAAUGGCUUUUAAAAGGGUUGCAGACAGUAGGUUGCAUGCCUCCCCCUGUGUCUUCUGCAGUGAUUUUAACCAAGGCAGUUGGUGGAAAUGAGGCAGCUGCAAUAUUUAAUUCAGCCUUUGGAAGUUUUUUGGGCAUCGUUGUAACACCCCUGCUACUGCUGCUUUUUCUUCACUCCUCCUCUUCUGUGCCUUUUACAUCUAUUUUUUCUCAGCUUUUUAUGACUGUUGUGGUUCCCCUCAUUAUUGGACAGAUUGUCCGAAGAUACAUCAAGGACUGGCUUGAAAGAAAGAAGCCUCCUUUUGGUGCUGUCAGCAGCAGCGUGCUCCUCGUGAUAAUCUACACAACCUUCUGUGACACGUUCUCGAACCCAGAUAUCGACCUGGAUAGAUUCAGUCUUGUUCUCAUACUGUUCAUAAUCUGUUCCAUUCAGCUGAGUUUUAUGCUUUUAACAUUCAUCUUUUCAACGAGGAAUAAUUCAGGUUUCACACCAGCAGACACUGUGGCUGUCAUGUUCUGUUCUACACACAAAUCCCUCACAUUGGGGAUUCCAAUGCUGAAGAUCGUGUUUGCAGGCCAUGAGUACCUCUCUUUAAUAUCCGUCCCCUUGCUGAUCUACCACCCGGUGCAGAUCCUUCUGGGAAGUGUGUUGGUGCCAACGAUAAAGUCUUGGAUGGUGUCAAGGCAGAAGGGAGUGAAGUUGACAAGGCCAACGGUAUAAGGAAGGAGGUGGUCUUUCUGCAGCGAUGUAUAUACAUACAGGGUUGUACAUACAAGCAGUUCUGAAGACAUGUAUUUGUGAACGUUGCUUCAAUGCAUAUUUUAUUUUUUUACACACAAAAAAAUAUGACAUAGCUGUUUAAGUGCCUUAAAAUGGAUUUGAUGAGAGUGUUAUUUCCAAAACCUACUUUGUUGGUUACUGCCAGGGGUGGUUCAGUAUUUUGGAGUUGUUCUUUUUUUUUUUUUUUUUCCCCUAACACAGGAAACAGUCAUCAUAAGUGACAAAAAGCAAACACGUUUUCAUCGUACCACCUUCUGUGCAAUACAGCUCUCUACUAGCUACUGUACUGAUUGGAAUGAGGUCACACCAUCAGGAAAAUGCUCUUCUCAUGACAGUGAACAUUUCCAAAGUCUUAUUCACGGAUACUUUGAUUUCCCUUGUGAUUCUUUUUUUCUGCAACUGUGACAUGCCUCUUCCUUAUCAACUCAGCAGGGGUCAUAGAUUGAAUAGAUGCUGAAAAGCAUAAGUCAUCUGCAUUUCUUGACAUCAGUUUUUAAGACAUUCCUUCAAAUAGUUUCCACUCAGAAAUUCCUCAGUUCCAUUACAAGAGAUUGUGGUGUUCUAUGUCUUAAAUUUAUUAUAAGCUGCUUCAAAGAAAGGGCCUGAUGUUUGAGUUAUGAGUCAAAGUACGUGCAGUUUUCAGAUAAACUGCAGGAUUUGGGUUUCAGGAUUCUUAAAAUUAUAUUUCAAAUGUUUUUCGUUUUUCUUCCAUUAUUUCUUUCUUACCCGUUUUCCAGCACACUUGCAAACUUAUAACAACCAAAUAUGAGACCCAAAAACGUUACAAUUAGUUCGAGAGCAGCAACAAUUAAUGAUGGAUUAUUUCACAUUCCACAACGGAGACCAAAAUUUGUUUCCUGUUACACAGAUGUGCUGAACACAAGUUUCCUCUUUUAGCCAGAAGCAGCCUGUUACAUCUUUGAAUUAAGCACACUUAAGGCAUUUGAGACAAGUUAUUAAUGAGAAUUUCCUUGGCAGAUUUGACAAAUGUUUGCAACAUUUUUUUUUAAAUUUAAUCACAUUGCUUUUACAAAUAAAUGAAAAUAUAAAGGUCAUAGAGGCAAACAAAUGUUACAUGUACACAUUCUGUCUAGCUAGAUGGAAAGAAAAAUAGACACAGAAGAUGCAAAACCAUUCAUCAACCAAAAUAUUAAGUAAAAUUAGCUCCCAGUUGGGCAUCAGCUUGCCAUGGAGUAUCCAAUAUUUGCUUCUACUAUGUCUGGAAGAGCUUUCACGACCCAAAUAGAGGAAAAAGCAAUGUAUAGAAAUAAGGGAACACUUUUUCUGUUUCCUGCACACCAUUCUGUCACAUCCUCUCUACGUGUCUUUUCGUGAUUUGACAGAUGAUAUUGACAUCAUGAGUCACACCAUAUCUUCAGCAGCUGUUUUCUUGUUUUAUCAACAACAAAAAAUCAUUCCUUAGAAA